AUGUUUCGUGCGACAGCCCGCCUGCUCGACUGUCGCAUCAUCUUCUUCACGCGGAGUCCCUGUGGACUAUGCGAUACCGCAAAAGCAGUGGUCCAAAGUGUGCAGGCAAAGAGGCCGCUUGAAUACAAGGAGAUCAAUGUCAUGGACCCAGGCCAAGAGGAAUGGAAGAACUUGUACGAGUUUGACACUCCUGUGAUCCACAUCGACAAGGCGGGUGUAUCAGAGACGACAUCUUUCUCCUCCUUGAAGCUCAUGCAUCGCUUCACGGAAGACGAAGUACUCCAAAAGAUGGAUGAAGCCGAGCGGUCCUGA